GUGUAUGUGAGAGGUUCGGCGGCUCCGGGAGCUGAAGGAACCAGAAGCACCGAGAGAAGACGGGAACCCCCUCCGGGGCAGCUAGAAACCGAUAAUUUGUGGCCCGACAAUGAGGCUGACGCUGCACAAGAAGAAGAUUGCUGCCUUGGUGCUGGUUCUGUUUGCCUGUGCUGGUUUGCUCCAUAUCUUCACCCGCCGGGAUGAGCGCGAAUUCUUACUCACGGUCCCAGGUCCCAGUGAGAAGAGUAACCCCUCUGGCUUCCAGUUGCCCGUUGGCACUCCGCUGCAGAUGAGACUGACUGCUUACCGCAACAACCUGCACCAGCCAGUUCUAAAUGCUGACAAAUUUUCUGGUCACCCUGAGCUGGUGGCAGUGGUACAAAUGCGGGGUGGGCCAGGGAGUGGUGCUCGUUUGCGCCUCCUAGCUGAAUCCCUGCGGGCAGCUGGGCCCCGAGCAAAUCGCCGCCUGUUGCUGGUGCUGAGUAUGGAGAAGCCCUGCCCUGAAGUUGCAGAUGCCAUGCUGGCCAUAGACUUUUGCCGGGUGCUGCCCAUCUACUUUCCCUACAGCCUGAGCUUCUACCCAGAGGAAUUUCCCGGAGCAGACCCCAACGAUUGCCCCAGGGAUGUAUCCAAGGAGUCUGCCAUUCAGCAGCGGUGCAACAACGCUGAGUACCCAGAUAGCCACGGGCACUACAGAGAAGCGCCAUUUGCUCUGGACAAGCAUCACUGGUGGUGGAGUCUCCAUUUCACAUGGGAGAGACUGCGAGAGGUGAAUGGCUAUGGGGGGUAUGUGGUGUUCAUGGAGGAGGGCAGUUACCUGCUCCCAGACUGGCAACACAUGCUGCGCCUCAUGCAGAAACAGUGCAAGGAGGAAGGGUGCCAGCUGCUCAGCCUUGGGGGCACUGCAAGUCCAGAUCCUUCCCCGGACCCCCAGCACUUGGAAGUGAGUGGCUUUGUGGCACCAAAGCAUCGUUCUGCGGUGGGCAUACCCCGGGAACUCUACUACCAACUGAUGGGGUGCCUGGCAGAAUUCUGCACCUAUGAUGAUUAUAACUGGGACUGGAGCCUGCAGCACCUCUCUGCCUCCUGCCUUUCCCACCCACUCAAAGUUCUCAGCACCCGUCAACCUCGUGUACUCAACCUGCCCUCCCCCCCAAAAGACAGUGAAUGUGGACGCACCGGACCAUGUUCCAGUACAGACGAUGCUUCCCAAAAUCUCAGGGAGCUGGUCAGGCAGCUGAGUGGCCAGCUCUUCCCAAAAACUGUAACGGUGUCCAGUCGGCAACAAGAAAUCCGCAACCCCCCGCAAAUCAAGAAUGGAGGUUGGGGGGACAUCAGGGACCAUGCUUUGUGCCAAUCUUAUGCCAGGCUAUGAUGUGCCGUCUCUGUUCUUCUGGAUUUAACUGUGACCAAAGAUCAGGAAUAAUCUCAGGUAUAUAAUUGCACAAGAGACCAAAUGCCCCCAAAUUGCUGCUUUUUAUAUUUGGCUCUGCCAUUCACCUCCUUUGUGCCCUCACCACAGUGCCUUAUGAAUGGACGUAGCCUUACAGAUGAUUCUCAGGAGCAGCACAGGAUUUUACAUACUUUAAAGACAGAAAUGGAUUUUAUUUCAUACAAUUGUCUGUGGUUUUAGAGUAAUUUUAUUACUUCGAUCAAGGUGCCCCCCGUAUCCCUGUGCCAGGGCUGUAGGGCAUUUGUAAUGUCAGGACCAAAGGGUAUAAGAGCCAAAACUGACAGUGAGACUUCCUCUGCCUUAUACCCUGGAAUGCGACUGACAGGCUUAUGUGCUCCCAAACUAUGUGCCAUACUUAUCCUCAUUGCAUUAGAGCCAAAGGUUCAGGGAGUUAAGUGUACUAGGGUUGCAGAGAUAAAUGGGUUUUUUUACUUUCAAACACCUAGUUGUUUUCAGAUAGUUCACCGGAAAUAAUGACCUUUUCCAAUUACUUUCUAUAUUUUAUGUGUGACCAUUUUUCACCUUCAAAAGCUGGUCUGGGAGGGGGGUUCGAGGGGGGUUCAUCGACCCUGUAAGCUGUUCUAAAUUGAUAUAUUUCUUAUCUUUGUCCCUGCUGAGCGGAAUCCCAGAGUAAAGACAGCUGUUAGAAUUAGGGAUGCACCAAAUUCGGUUCAGGAUUCUGACUCUUUCAGCAGGAGUCAGAUCGGCCGAAUCCUUCUGCCCAGCCGAACCAAAUCCUAAUUUGAAUAUGCAAAUUAGGGGCGGGGAGGGAAAUCACGUGACUUUUUGUCACAAAACAAGGAAGUAAAAAAAGUUUUCCCUUUACCAACCUUAAUUUGCAUACGCAAAUUAGGAUUUGGUUCGGUAUUCGGGCGAAUCAAUCGCAAAGGAUUUGGGGUUCGGCCGAAUCCAAAAUAGUGGAUUCGGUGCAUCCCUAGUUGGAAUUGAUACAAUAAUUGCUAAUAUUCCACAGAUGCUGCUGAGAAAUGUAUCCACUAAAUGUUGCAAAAUUGUAACAGUUUAGAGUCUGCACCUGAAUUACUGAGCUGUCAGACUGAAACAUGAGAGACCAGGGACAUUCAACUUUAAACUGAGAUAUUGGAAAAACGGUAAAAAAUAACUAAUGGAAAAUAAUUUUAAAAAAAAGCGUUAACAGUCUGAAAACAACUGAAAAAAGUGUGUGGAAGGUGAACAACCCCUUUAUAAACAUGCAAAGAUUGUUUUUAGAAGCUGCCCAGAGAGGGUCACAAAUGGUUGCUCUGUGUUUCUCCUGGUGCUGCCCCCCCCCCAGGCACUUUGAGGUGUAGGGUAAGUUCUUCUGGAUUCUGAGAAGUUGCCCCUGUCUCUCCGUGUUGGUGCUGUGUGUCAUGUUGCUGAUGUUUGUACCUUGUUGCCUCUGAUCCCUAAGGCACACACAGUAUUCGGGAAAGUUACUCAUUUAUGAAGGGUUGUGCUUGGGCCAAUAUCACUUAUUAGUGCUGUGUCGGCAGAUUCUGCUCGUAACUCAGAUGACACUUUCUUCAUAUCCCCUUGGCUCAAGGGUCACGGGCUGCUGUGUAUGUCUGUGUGUGUGUCUGUGUGUGUGUCUGUGUGUGUGUCUGUGUGUGUGUCUGUGUGUGUGUGUCUGUGUACGCACCAGCACAUGUCUCCCUUCAGCUCUGUUGGGAAACUUUUAUUUCAGUUCAUUACGAGGAUAUUUUCAUGGUGCUCUGGGCACGUGUAGUCGCCCUUCUCUUGCAGAAAUCUGAAACUUACCGUGGUGCCUGUGGUCUGAUCAAAGGGGAAGUUGAGUGCUAUACUUACACCGAUAUGUCUACAAUUUUUUUUUUUUUCACAUUUGAGCUCAGCCUGAGGCUCUGCUAAAGAAGAAGGAAAGCUACAGAGGCAGUUUAUUGCCAAUUGAUUAGCCACAAUAGUGCAAGCUAUAACACUAUAUUUUUUCUGCUUUACCAUACCUAAGUGAAAAUCUCUAGAAGUUCUCUCUGUUUGUCUAGGAUAGCAGCUGCCAUAUUAGCUUGGUGUGACAUCACUUCCUGCCUUUCCCUGCUCACUCAUAACUCUGGGCUCGGGGGGGGAAGGGAGAGAGGAGCAAACUGAGCAUGCUCAAGCCCUAGCCCUGGAGGUUUAAGCUGAAAACAGGACUGAUACAGAAGCCUGUGUGUGCACAAUACAAGGAAAGAAAUGCUGUGUUUCUUUUGACAGAGGAAUCAGAGCAGCAUUACUUUGUGGGUUUACUGGUGUAUUUAUAUAGACCUUUCUGAUAAAAAAAACGUAAUUUUAGCCUUUCCUUCUCCUUUAAGAAAUAAUGUUCAGCUUGUUUUUAAAUGUGGUUUAAAUAUGUUAAUUAAUGUAAUUACACAAUGUAUCCCCCCCCACGACUCAUGUCACCAACCUGCGGGACUGGUCUUUUGACUGAUUUUUAGGGUGAUGAAGCCACCGACAGUUCUUGCUUGGGGAGGGGUAAGUGAUAUCUCUAGAUCUGAGCCCCUGUAGAAAAUAAGUUCCUAUGACAUCAUGGAUGAUAUAUAAUCACUAUAUUUUUGGGUUAGCUUUCCUUUUAAGGAAUGGGGUAGACAUGAAGGCUCAAUCCUCUUCAUUAUCUGUAUAUACCUAUGCACUGACAGGACCCACUGAUUAACUGUUAUAUUCCAAGAUGUGCGUGCCUGGCAAGUAAUGGGUUAAAAUUAGGGAUUCACCGAAUCCACUAUUUUGGAUUCAGCCGAACCCCCAAAUCCUUGGCGAAAGUUUCGACCGAAUCCGAACCCUAAUUUGCAUAUUCAAAUUAGAGGUGGGAAGGGGAAAACAUUUUUUACUUGUUUUGUGACAAAAAAUCAAGACAUUUCCCUCCCUGUCCCUAAUUUGCAUAUGCAAAUUCGGAUUUGGUUCGGCCAGGCAGAAGGAAUUCUGGAUUCGGUGCAUCACUAGUUAAAAUUUUGCGGUUGAUGAUGAAUAGGUGGAUUUGGCGCAGUGAUGGAAGUGUCCCCUCCCCUGCAAAUGUCUCCUAACCACAACCCAGUGAGUCUGACCCAGGCUCUCACUUGGAACAGCUGCAGAACAGUGUUUGUGAAGCAAUGCAUUGUGCAAGGGACUUUCCUUAAGGGGCAGGGAGAAUGUGAGAUCUUCAAGAAAAAAGUUUGUCCAUGGCAUUCGUAACAGUAACAUGUAAUCUCACCCCCUCCUGUCAAGAGAUCAUGGGAGUUGUAUUUCUGAAACAGUUAUUCACUGUCCAAAGGCCGCCCCCCCCUUUCAAGAACCCCAAAACCCUUAUUUAUUAAGAAUAUAAAUACAGUCUCUGCUGAGGUUUAUCCCUUUCCCCGACCAAUUCCCUGUAAUACGUCCCUUUUCAUGUGUAUUGUGCUUAAGACAAUCUAUUUGUAAUGGGGAGGGGGGUAUUGUAUUUGUGCUUGGUACAAAAUAAUUGGUUUUACAUUGUAUGGGGGAAGUAUAUUUGUUUUUAAUUAUUUUCUAUUAAAAAAGUGUAUUAUGAGGGCAUCAUGUGCCCAGAAA